AUGUCCAACCGAACCACCGUGACCAAGUUCCUUCUCCUGGGGUUCUCUGACGUCCGGGAGCUGCAGAUUUUGCACGUUGUGGUGUUCCUGGUGGUGUACCUGGCCGCGUUGUUGGGGAAUCUUCUCAUCAUCACAGCCAUCGCCCUCGACCAUCGCCUGCACACCCCCAUGUACUUCUUCCUGGUGAAUCUGUCCAUCCUAGACCUCGGCUCCAUCUCUGUCACCGUCCCCAAAUCCAUGGUCAACACUCUCAUGCACACCAGGUCGAUUUCUUUUCCUGCCUGUGUCUCCCAAGUCUUUUUCUUUUUAGUCUUUGCUGCAGCUGAUCUUUCCUUGCUCACCGUCAUGGCCUACGACCGAUACGUCGCCAUCUGCCACCCGCUGCACUACGAGCGAGUGAUGAGCAGAAGAGCUUGUGUGCAAAUGGGAGUCGGUGCCUGGAUUACUAGCAUUCUCUACUCUGCCAUGCACACCGGGAACACCUUCCGGUUCCCCUUCUGCCAGUCCAACGUCAUUGACCAGUUCUUCUGUGAAAUCCCCCCAUUACUCAAACUGGCCUGCUCUGAUUCGUACCUAAGUAAAGUUGGGGUUCUUGCCUUUAGUGUGUUUUUGGCAUUAAGCUACUUUGUUUUUAUCAUUGUGUCAUAUGUUCAGAUCUUCAAAGCAGUGUUGAGAAUCCCCUCGGAGCAGGGCCGGCACAAAGCCUUCUCCACCUGCCUCCCCCACCUCGCUGUGGUCUCUUUGUUUACUUGCACUGCUUCCUAUGCCUAUGUGAAACCCAUCUCCAGCUCAACAUCAAAUCUGGAUCUGGUGGUGGGUGUUCUCUACUCCGUGGUGCCUCCCAUGAUGAAUCCAGUCAUCUACAGCAUGAGGAACAAGGAGAUUAAGGCUUCACUGAAGAAACUGAUUGUGCGGAAGUCAGUCUCCAAGAAUUAA